GCCGAUACACAAUGGCUCAGGGAAUUCUAGUUAACACAUGCGAAGAUCUUGAGCCAAGAACGAUCAAGGCCUUGAGAGAGGACCCAGUGCUAAGGAAAAUCCCAACACCAUCCGUUCAUCCAGUGGGCCCGAUAAUACAAUCAGAAGCUCCACUGCUUUCAGGAAAAGAGUGUUUGACAUGGUUGGACCGGCAACCGGAUGAAUCAGUCAUAUAUGUGUCGUUUGGGAGUGGCGGGACACUAUCAGCUGAGCAGAUUACUGAGCUGGCGUGGGGGUUGGAGUUGAGUCGGCAACCAUUCCUUUGGGUGGUCCGUCCACCUAGCAGAAAUGAGAAAUCGGGAACUUACUUCACAUCCGGCGGGCGAUGCGAGCAGCCAUCGGAGUACUUGCCAGAUGGGUUUCUAACAAGGACAGAGGGAAUUGGCUUGGUGGUUUCGUCAUGGGGACCGCAGAAAGACAUCUUGAGCCACAAGGCGACGGGUGGAUUUAUGACGCAUUGCGGGUGGAAUUCGACGCUAGAGAGCAUUCUUUAUGGUGUGCCCAUGAUCGCCUGGCCGCUCUUUGCCGAGCAGAAGAUGAAUGCAUCGACAUUGACAGAGGAGCUCAAGGUUGCAGUUGGGCCGCUGGUCUCUGUGGAGAAGGAAGGAGUGGGACGAGAUGAAAUUGAGAGGGUGGUGAGAUUGGUGAUGGACGGCGAAGAUGGAAAGGCCUUGAGGGGCAGGGUGAAGGAGGUGAGGGACAGCGUCUUGAGAGGUUUGGAUGAGGGAGGUUCCUCGUAUAAUUCGCUUUCUCAUGUUGUCAAUGAAUGGAAAAUCAGUCUCCAAAAGCCAAAGGGAAAUGUAGAGUAGCUAUUUUAUGAAUACCCACUUUAGUUUAGGAAGUGCUUUGGUGUUUCCUCCUUGAGUUAAGACGGCUUCUCUCUCUCUCUCUCUCUCUCUCUCUCUCUCUCUCUCUCUGAUGUUGGCACC